AUGGGAGGACCGUCGAGGAGGCCAGCCAAUGGAGAUGGCAAUAGCAAUCCCAUACAACACAGACCAGACGAGGUGGAUGCGGACAUUGACUUUGGGGAGCUGAGCCUCCGUGAUUUCGCAGAGCCUGGUCUCUAUGAGCAGCGGCAGAACAAGAACAUGUCUGUACAUACAUAUAGCGCACAAUCAGUCGAAGAAUACGAUAAGGAGAAAGACAAAUUCGAGGACUUGCACAAGUCAAUCAUAGCGUGUGACGAGGUGCUAAAGUCGGUGGAAACAUACCUCACAAAUUUCCAGGCAGAUCUAGAGGCAGUAUCAGCCGAGAUAGAGUCUUUGCAGAAUCGCUCGAUAGCACUGAACACCAAACUUGAGAACCGAAAGACAGUCGAGAAGCUGCUAGGCCCUGCGGUCGAAGAUAUCAGUAUAUCUCCAGCAGUUGUGCGCAAGAUCGCUGAAGGUCCGGUAGACGAAGGCUUCGUACGUGCUCUAGGGGAGAUUGAGAAACGCUCGAAGAUCAUCAACGCCAGAGCAAAAGAACAGCCAGACUUGGGAGCUCUGUCUGACAUCAAACCGUUACUCGACAAUCUCACAAAUCGUGCUGUCGAGCGGAUUCGAGACUACAUCGUCGCUCAAAUCAAAGCUAUCCGCUCGCCUUCAAUCAACGCACAAAUCAUACAGCAACAAGCUUUCCUGAAAUACAAGGAUCUGUACGCCUUCCUUGCGAGACAUCAACCAGAGUUGGCCCAACAGAUAGGUCAGGCAUACAUAUUUACGAUGCGCUGGUACUAUCUGAACCACUUUACACGAUAUCGCACGGCCUUGGAAAAAUUGAAGAUCCAUGCCUUGGAUAGAUACGACGUCCUUGGUGAGGAUCCUAACACCAAGCGUGGUGGCACACUUCUUGGUCAAUCGCGCAAUGUACCAGCCACAUAUGAUGCAUUCUCACUUGGGCGACGUCGAGAUGUGUUGAAGAGUUCUUCGACCAGCGCGCUUACAGCUCACGUUGCAGAAGAAGAGAAAUCGGCGCACUACCUUGAAGUUCCUUUCCGAAAUUUCAAUCUUGCACUGAUUGAUAAUGCAUCGUUCGAGUAUUCCUUUCUUUCGACCUAUUUCGCGCCAUCGCAGAACUUCCAUGCGAUAUCGCGAACUUUCGCAGCGGUCUUCGAACCCACACUUGCGAUGAGUCAAGCUUUGACAAAGCAGCUUGUAGAAACAACGACAGACACUUUGGGUAUAUUGCUCUGUGUGCGACUAAAUCAGCAUUUCGCGUUCGAGCUGCAGAGAAGGAAAGUGCCCACCUUGGAUGGAUACAUAAACGCUACAAACAUGCUUUUGUGGCCACGCUUCCAACAGAUUCUCGAUAUGCACUGCACCUCGCUGCAGAAGCUUACAGCAUCCUUACCGAACCGCCCCAGUACCGGCGCAGCACUGCUAGGUGGAAGCUCAGCCAAUGCAAAUACCACAGCGCCAACCCCACUUACACAGAAGUUUGCCAACUUGCUGCAGGGCAUCCUUGCGCUCUCGUCAGAAGCUGGCGAUGACGAGCCCGUAAGUGUCUCCGUGGGCAGACUGAGAAGCGAGUAUGAAGCGUACCUCAACAAGUUCAGCAGAGCUGUCAGUGAUGCAAGAAAGAAAGAGCGGUUCCUAUGCAACAACUACAGCCUUGUCUGUACUAUAUUGGCUGAUGUAGAAGGGAGGCUUGGAGAAGAAACUAGAGCGCAUUUCGAAAAUCAGCGAGACGCUCAUGACAAGUGA